UACCUUUACAGAAAACCCUAUUGAGGGUUUCUUGAUAAGUAUGUAGACCUUCACUUGAUUCUUUCUAAGUCUUUCAUUUCUCUCUUUUCAAUCUAGAAAGUCCAAAAUAACAUGGGUGGUUCUUGCAAGGAAGGGGAUUUUAAUGAGAUAAGAAGAGGGCCAUGGACACUUGAGGAAGACAAUCUACUUAUCAAUUAUAUCACUUGUCAAGGUGAAGGACGAUGGAACUCGUUGGCAAAAUCUUCAGGAUUAAAAAGAACCGGUAAAAGUUGCAAACAAAGAUGGCUAAAUUACUUAAAACCAGAUAUUAAGCGUGAAGAUCUUACCCCUCAAGAACAACUUUUAGUUCUUGAACUCCAUUGCAAGUGGGGUAACAGAUGGUCGAAAAUUGCAAGCCACUUCCCAGAUAGAACAGACAACGAGAUUAAGAACUACUGGAGAACAAGGGUACAUAAAAAGGCACGGCGCCUUAAGAUAGAUCCCAAUAGCAAGAGGUUUGUGGAAACAGUUAGACGCUCAUGGAUGCCAAGGUUACUUGAAAAGGUUAAACAAAACUCUUUAGUAUCAUCAUCAUCCUCAUCAUCAUCAACACCACCGCCAUCACCAUCAACAUCCACAUCGUCAUCGCGAACUUCUACAUGAACCACUAUGAGAAAAAGAAGUGUUUUUUUAUCACAAGCAAAACAAACAAUAAUGUAAUUAUAAUAGUUUAAAUAUAUAUAAUUGUAACAAUUUAAUAUUCUAAUUACAAUAUAUUCAGUUAUCUAGGAAUGCAGACAAAUGGAGGCCUUAAUGACUUAAUGUAUUCGUUUGUUUUAAGUAUGUACUCAAACAAAUGAAUAAACAUGAACAUAUAAAUGAAUACGUUUUUUUAUUA